CUCAAACAAAAGCCACAAGAUAACAAAGAAACAAUAUUUGAAAUCACCAACGAGAGAAACAAAAAAAAAAAAAAAAAAAUGAAGACAUUUAUGAUAAUCUUGUUGGUGAUUUGUAGCAUAUUGAUUGCAGGACGAGUUGAAGCUAACAAUCCCAAGAGGAAAUAUUUAAAUCCGGGUAUUCUCAAUCCAUGCUUGCGUCCUAAUGCUCAUAAAGGAUGUCAGCGUCCACAAUAUAAACCACGUACUCCGGUAAACUCAUAUAGUCGUGGCUGCUCCACAAUCAACCGAUGCCGCCGACAGACUCCAUGAGAUCUAAUGGCAUAUUUUAUGGACUUAUGCAACCACAUAAGUCAUAUUAUGUAUAUGUUUCAAAAACUUUCACAGGAUUGAUCUUCAAUAUUGGCGAUGCUCAUGGGGUUUGAAUUUAACUAAUUCGUGUACGUGUAAUAGUAACUAAUUUCUUCAACGAAGCAAUGGGAUCUAUUUUUUUGCAACAAAAUAUGUAUAAUGGGCUCUAUUAUGUGUAUAAAUUCUUUGAUAUAUGAAAUAAAAUUUAAUUUAAUUUCUU